GGCGUUGAAUAAUCAAGAAAGAAAGUUGUGUUAUUGUGUGAGUCAAACAGUGUCAAACUUGAAAGUUCUAUAUUGUUUUUAUUAGAAAAAAAUUGACUUAAUUCUUGAUAAAUCAUUUGUCAACAUAAAAAAAAAAAUCCUCAAUUAAAAAUAUAUUAUAAAUAAUAAUAAAAUAUUAAAAAUGAUGACACCAUCAGAUAUUGACAAUGAAGAUUUUGAUGUUAAAUCGAGUAAUGAUAAUUCGGCAAUUCUCGAGGUCAGUUCAAUUGCAACUGGUGCAAUUGUUAAACAAGAAUCUCGUGACCUAGAUUAUGUUAAUAAUUCAAAUUACAGUACAUCUGUUGAUGGCUCAAUGAUUGCUUCACCAUCAAUUGAUAGUUUUUCAACAUUACCUGAUCAAGAAACAUCUGAUUUUCCUGAUGACAAUAAAGAUUUACAAGUUAAAGUUGAUAAUCCACAGAAACAUCCUGAGACACUUGAAACUUUUAUUACGUUUCGCAUAACAACUAGGACAACAAGAGCAGAGUUUGAAGAAAGUGAAUAUGUUGUUCAAAGACGUUACAAUGAUUUUUUUUGGUUGCGACAAAAAUUGGUUGAUUUAUAUCCAUCUCACAUCAUUCCACCAAUGCCAGGUAAACACAGUUUAUUGGGACAACUUGAUAGAUACUCCAAAGAAUUUAUCAUUGCAAGAAUGAAACAAUUGCAUAUAUUUUUAAAUCGCAUUGUUAAUCAUCCAAUUCUCAGUUGUGAUAGAGAGUUCAGAGCUUUUUUAACAGCUAAACCAACUGAAUUUUCAGUUAUUCGUAAAAAUCGAGGAAAUGGUCUUGUUAAACAGACAGAUUCAUUGCAAAAUUUAGCUGGUACUUAUUCCUUAAAAAAUCGUAAUUUAGAAUUUGAACGUGUUAGAGAUUAUUGUAAUUCAUUGAAUGAAAAAUUAAAUCAUAUUGAUAAAAUUAAUUGUCGUAUUUACAGAGAACGUCAAGAUUAUGUAGCUGAACUUCAACAAUUUUAUCCAAUAUUUAAUCAGUGGUCAUUAUCAGAGCCAGAAUUAUCAUCGUUACUCACAAGUAUAUCAAAAGUUAUUGAGGAAAAUGUGGCUUCGAAUAAAAAACUUAAUGAAAAUGUACCUAAUGAUGAACGUGAAUAUGUUGCUUAUGUUGAAUCAGUUAAAGAUGCUUUAAAUCGACGUGAUACAAUGCAAAUUGAAUAUGAAUUAACUGCUGAUGAAUUAUCAAAAAGACGAUCGGAAAGAGAUCAGCUAGUGGAAUUGGCAAAUGGUACAACAAGAAGUCAAAGUUGGAGUGGUUCAAUAUGGAAAAGUGAAUCCCGUGAUGAAAAAUUAGAAAGACUAACUCAAACAGUUCCACGUUUAGCAAAACGUACUGAAAUACUUCAAGAUCGUCUUGAAUGUGCAAAUGAAAAUCUAAGAAGUGACAUUGAUCGUUGGACAGUUGAAAAACAAAGUGAUUUAAAAACCAUGCUAUUAACAAUGGCCGAUCGUCAAAUAAAACAUUAUCAAGACUGUAUGAACAAUUGGGAAGAUUUAUUAUCUGGUUUAAAAUUCAAUGAUCCAUCAGUUGACGUUAAAAACAUUGACAAAAAUAAAAUAACUGUAUAAAUACUAAAAAAAAAAAAAACAAUAGCAAUAAGCCACAAAAGCACAUCUCCAAUAAUAUUUGUUUCUAAAUGUUAAAUGUUUCCGCAUAAUAUAAAUCCUAAAACAAUAAAUAAUAAAUAUUUAAAACUUCAUAUAAAAAAAAAAAACUUUAAAUGGGACCAAAUUCGUCAAAUAUAAUUAUUAAAAAUUAAUAAUUGACAAUCAGCUGUAUAAUAAUUUAAGUACUUACUUUAAGCUAUUUAAAAAACAAAACGAAAUUAUUUCUAAUGCACAAUAAUUAUUUUAUCUCUACGAUAUAUUAUUUAUAAAAAAAAAAAAUAUAUCGCACACAAUGUGUUAAUGUUUAUGAAUAAAUAAAAAUUAUAUAUAUGUACAUGUAUAUGACAAUGAAUAAUUUAUU